CUGCUUUAUUUAUAAGUUUGUCAACAACAUCAUUCACUUGAACAUGGCAGCCGAUCCAUUGUAACUGGGUGUAAAUGAAUUAGAUCUAGAUCUACACAUUACAUGUACAUUUCUAUAUGUUAUAUAUUUAGGCACUAACUUGAAAACAGCUGCUUUAACUAGAUAUUAGAAUCUAGAACUUAGAAGGCAAAGAUGGAGUACAUUGUCAGUGCUGAUCCUCCGCACAAUAAUACAGAACAUUUACGAAUGAUGAUAAAUGCUGUGGAUGCAGUAAUAAGUGGUAAAAUGUCACAAAGAGUAGCAGCUAAAGCAUACAAUAUACCUCGCAGUACUCUGCGCAGUCACUUGCCGAAACACUCUUCUUACAAGCACAGAAUUCCAAAACCUCCAGCCGGCUUUAAAGGAAAGACAAUUCUUUCAAAAAAAGAAGAAAAAGAGCUGGUAGAGUUUAUCAUCAACAUGUACCGAUCUGGCUUUGGGCGGACUCGACAGGAUGUUCUCUACAAAGUUCAAGACAUGCUGAACAAGGCUGAAAGAAAAACUAAGUUUGAAAAUAAUUUACCCAAUGAUGAAUGGUUUGAAUCAUUCUUAGAAAGACACAAAAGUAGUAUCAAAGAGUGUAUUAUUGCCAGUGGUUUUCAAGAGAAAGGUGUUGUGCCUCUAGAUGUGUACAGUGUGGAACAAACGAUACAAGUAGCAGUGCCCCAGCCUGCUCUCCACCAGCAUGCCCAUAACAAUCCCAUCCUCUACCAUCAUCCUGUUACUCAGCCUCAGCACCAACAGCCACAACAACUUUCCAUGCAACAGCAGCUUCACUGCCCACAGCUGAGUUCAGACAAUGCCUCAAGAUGCAGGCUGCUUCCAUACUCAUUUCAAAUGUAAAGACUGUUUAAGCAUGAUUGGUAUCCAGAUGUUUGUUGGGGCUUGCAGUGUUCUGAGCCUCAUCCCUCUGCUGGACUGAUCUAGUUGUGAUUUAAAAGUGUGUGUGUUAUAGUCAGUUAUGAUUCAGAAGUGUAUGUGUUUUAAUCAGUUAUGAUUCAGAAGUGUAUGUGUUAUAAUCAGUUAUGAUUCACAAGUGUGUGUGUUAUAGUCAGUUGUCAUUCAGAAGUGUGAGCAUUAUAGUCAGUUGAUUGAGAUGUGUUUGUUAUAAUCAGUUAUGGUUCAGAAGUGUAUGUGUUAUAAUCAUUUAUGAUUCAGAAGUGUCUGUGUUAUAGUUAGUUGUAAUUCAGAAAUGUGUGUGUUAUAGUUAGUUAUGAUUCAGAAGUGUGGGUGUUAUCGUUAGUUGUGAUUCAGAAGUGCGUGUGUUAUAGUCAGUUAUGAUUCAGAAGUGUGUGUUAUAAUCAGUUAUAAUUCAGAAGUGUGUGUGUUAUAAUCAGUUGUGAUUCAUUAAGUUUUAAACAUUUUUCAAUUUAUUAAAAAUGUUCAAAUGUGAACAAAAUAUGUUCAAAGGUGAACAUUUUGUUUGUAAAAGGAACUGGAUGAAUUCUAGUUUUCAAUAGAUCACAGAAAAUUAAAAUCUUCUUAUUUUUAUGGAGUACAAAAUAUUAUUCCUGUUAAUUAAACUUAUUUUGUAUGAUAUAUUGUAAUGCAAAAGAGAACAGCUUUGUUCAUAUAUCAGAGGUACUUGACACCCAUAAUUUGACCCUGUGCAAAAUCAAGCCCAAAAGUUUACCCCGUUUAAAAACACAACUUAAUAAUUGAUUCUGGUUAAAGACACAACCCCAUAUUACAUUCUGUUUAAAAACAGAAGACCUUUCAGACAUAUCCAGUGGAUUUCUAAUUUAUUAAUGGCUUAGCUAAGAAAGCAUUAACCAUUUACUGUCUGCAAAAAGUAUCAAGAUGCUUUAUUUGCGUUUCUUUUCAUCCAAGUGCAAAAUUUUGUCCUGAAUAAAAUCCAUGUCAUGUUUUGGAUGCAUCACUUUUGUAUUUAUUUGUGAGGAAUUCUUAAUCUUUAUAUUAUGGAGAGGCACAUAAAAAUGCUUUAAAGUUUGUGUUUUCUAGUUCUAUCACUUUCUUGAAUGCAGAAAAGUAUCAAUCAAUCCACUUUAUACCAAGGUUUGGGUUGAACUGUGAAUCUCAGUGUGUGGAUAAUUUUUGUUCAUCAUUUAUGAGAUUAUUAAUUUCAAAGCAAUAAAUCAUGUAUUGAAGAUGUCUAAAGCUAAAUUCUCUUUGAAUAAGAGCUUAAAGACUUCAUGUUUAUUUCUUUUACAUUUAAGAGUAUUGCCCUAACACAUUUGUUUUUAGUCAUUAUUUUAAUUUUUUUUUUAAAUAUGCUCAAAUUAUAAUUAAUGAAAAAAGUUUUCUGUAUAAACUUGUUACCAACAUUAAAAUAAGAGAGUGAUGUGACCAGUGCAAUUAUCAAUCACUUUUUUUUUUCAAACAACUUUCAGAAACCUAUUAAACAUAUGCGGAGAUAUUUUGAAAUCCAGAACUCAAUCUGAAGCCUUCAGAUCAAAAGUCAUCAGCUCUACCUUAAAUUCUAAUUGCCCUGCUUGUUAAUUUUUACCCUAUGUUAAUUAAACAAAACAAUACUUUUUUUCUUGCAUAAUACAAUAUUUUUAAUUUUUACCCUAUGUUAAUUAAACAAAACAAUACUUUUUUUCUUGCAUAAUACAAUAUUUAUGGCAAUUACUUUUGAGAUAUUUAUUGAUUGUUUUAUUAUCACAUGAAAGUAAUGCUACAUCCCUAGUCCUAAGUUGUUGUUUUUAGUAAUAUUUUGUGUUGUUGUUUUUUUUUAAGUUGUGUUUUGCUUUAAAAUAAAUUUAAAAUUCCAAAUUGUUUUUUUUUUUAGUUUAUGCUAGUUAUCCUUGUCUUCACAUGUUGUCAUAUUGUCUUAAAAAUAUGUUUGAGUAAGACAAAUAUGUGGCAUGAAUAAGUCUUUGUCUUGGUGUUGACUUUGUUACAAACAACCAUAUGAGCUCCAAAAAAAUACUAUUUCAUUUAAUAGAUUAAUCAAAAUAAUCAUAAAGCAAGUGUUAAUUUAUGAUUGCAGAGCUUAAUCUACAUUUGAGAGAGAGCUUUUAACCCUGUGUUAAGCAUGCAGAUUGUUUUAAUUAACAAACAAUGGAAUCAAGUCCUCCCAGGGUUUCAAAUGCUCUGUCAUUUUGUGACUGUUAGUUGUCAUUCUUUGCAGAUUACACAAAUGUAUUUUGGGUUUACCCAAUGGCAGUUCAAACUAGUGUUCAAUGUUUACUGUAUUUUAUUGUAUUACUUUGUUGUUGUUUUUUAAUGUGUCCCCACAGGUCUCUUAUUUUGUUCAUAAUGUCUUUAGAAUACCCAGAGUAUGAUUUUUUUUAAUAAAUUAAAACUAGCAUGUAUUUAUUUCAAAUGUAUAAUACAUAAAUAUAUUAUAUCAAUUAUUCAAAUUCAUGGGUGGAUAAAAGAAUGAAUAUUAUAAAGGAAGAUAUGGAGAUUAUAAAGGAUUAUUAACAAACCUUUGUACUUAUAAUGAAAGAAAAAAGUUUCCUCUAGAAACUUGUUACCUACUUGUUACAUUGUUACCUUCAUCCCCAACUUUGUUAUAAAUGACAUAAGCUUGAUCUAACAAACAAAACAAGCUAAAACAAAUGUCAGAAUUCUUGAAUGAAAACUGUAUAAGCUAAAAGCUAGCUUCUGUAAUUUUCCAUCAUUUAUGACUAUUUCAAAUUAUAUUUAAAACAAGGUAUUCUUAAGUUUUCUACAUUCUGACCUGUAUUUUUAGCGUGUUUUAUCAAAUUUAAGUUACCAUUAUUCUGAAUCAUUUUUGAUGUAAGCAUACUACUCAGUAUUCUAGAACAUUUGAAGCAUACUAUCUGCUGCUCCAGUUUUUUUUCCUGAUCAGCUAUAUCAUGGAUUAAUGAAAUUGUCUUAUUACAAUGUACCCUGCUAUUGUCAAGUUGCUAGGUUUCUUGGCUAAUGUAAUUAUUUUUGUAGAAUCUCUUUGAGUUGUUUUGGUUGCUCAUCAAGCAAUCAUGUUGCUUUAAUCUUGAAAUCCUAAAUUCAAGAAACCAAAUCAAUUGCCUAUCAUGGCUAUGCAAUGUUAUAGUAUGCCAAGUUAAUCAAUGAAUUCUUAUAAGUUGAUGAAUCAUUUGCUUAUUAUGGUUACACAGUGUAUUGGUAAGCUAAGUUAAUCAAUGAAUCCUUAUAAGUUGAUGAAGCAUUUACAUUUGAAGCAUUUUUUUUAUUGAUGGAGAAAAGUUGUUUUAACAUUUUUUAAAAAGUUUGUUGUUGGUUUAAUCCAUUUUUUUUUUUCAAAUUUUUUUUUUUCAAUUUUUGUUGCUAAUUUUGUUUAAAUAAACAAAUGAAUUAUCCAAGCAACUAGAAGGUGUCAUUUUUAAAGACACAAGUAAUUAAAAAUUGUUUUAAAAAUGUUUAAACUUAACUAAUUACAUUUCUUUAAACAAAAAAGCACACAGAGUGUUGUUGAUGAACCAAGUUGUAUUUUCUUCAAUAAUAAAUAACUCAAUGUUCAGAAAUCUACAGAAAGAAAAAAAAAACACAACAACCUAGAAAUACUUGUAUCUGAGUUUUAGUUUCUAUCAUUGAAUGUAGACUUUUUAAAUCAGUGAUUUUCUUCUUUUUUUUUUUGUAAAUGUUAUCUUAAAUCUAGGUUUUAAUUAUUCUUACGCUCUGUGACAAUGUUGAUGUAUGACCAUAAAUUGGCUCCUGUUAUGCACUGUGCUGAUGUGCCAAAAACCCAAAUUCUCUUAUGCACUAAAUUCAAAGUAAAAAGAACAGUUCAUGUAGUUUUAUUUUCUUUCUUGUAACCAAAGCUCUCAGGGUUUGUAUUCAGUAAGAGAACAGUUGUAUAUAGAACUGAUGCACUGUACUUUGUAUUGAUUGAAAUGUUUAGUCUCACUUCAGGCCUCUAAACUUUGUUUUCAGUUAUUUUGUUCUUUUAUUGGUUUUUGUGUUAUUAAUAUAAAUUAUUUAUUAGAAAAUAUUUGAAUUAAAAAACAUUUUAAAAAAAAAUGCUAA